AUGGUGAAGUUGCCGGUGAUCAAAAUAAUCAAUACAAAGGGCCACACAAGUCGAUACAUCCGUAAUACGGAGAAAGUGAAGAAAAUCGGGUUCUGUAACAGAGGUCUGGAUUUCAGUUGGGUUGUCCGGAAACUGCCUCUGGAUUCGGAGCAAUAUUACGAGGACCUAAUGGGGAAUGGGAUCUCGGAGGUGAGGGUAAAAUGGGGAGGAAAAAGAUUGGUAGAAGAAAGGAGAAAAGACAGUGGGGCUGGCUGGAGCGUGGGGUUAUGGCUUUUUCCGGCUAUUCGGACAGUGAUAUACUUGUUUUCUCUUAAAUUACGAUAUUCACAUCAGGUUAAG